AUGCAUACUUUUCGAAAAUUCGCAAGAGGCUAUAUGCAAACCAUGUUAUAUGGUAUUGAAGAGAGACCAAAAUUUAAAGUAAACCACAAAUUUUAUUAUAUUAGAUGGAUGGUACAUUUUAUUUUAUUUUGCAUUUAAUCAAUCAUUUUCAAUAUUUAUCAAUAAUUGUGAAUGCAAAUUAGAAUAAGCGUUUUAGCGACUUUAAAUUAGCUUAUUCACAAAACUUUUUAGAAUUUUUUAUAUUAAAUAAUACCUUGAAAUCGUCUAUGACAUCAAAUUUGGCAUUAGUUAUAAUUGUGAUCUCAUUUGCCUCCUAAUUAAUACUUAUCCUAUUUUUAAUGUUUUCCACAUUCAUUAGAGUAUGGACAGCUAAUCUUAUUAGAAGAGAUAUCACAGGAAGUGAUAACAUGAAUUCCAAUAUAUAACAAUGGGUCAUAAGUUUUAAUGAAACACUUCAUUGGUUUUUUGUUCUGUAUCCUGUAAUUUAUCUUCAAAUUGCAGUUAUUUCUUUUAGUUCCCUAACAUGUAAUUCUGUAAGCAUUUUUCCAAAAUCUGAUUGUGAAAUAGGAAUAGGAACAUAGAUAAUAGCAAUUACUCCAUUAAUAAUAUCAUACAUAAAUGGAUAAAUAUUGAUUUAUAUAAUGAGGAAUCAUAGAUUUCAUGAACCUAAUUCUUUAAAAAGAAGAUACUCCUCUCUAUUAUUAUUAAAUAACACAGUUAUCCUAAUAGAGAUAUUUUCCCAUUAUAUUUAUGAAGUAAAAUUAAAUCAUUUAAAUAAUAGUUUCAAGCUGCUGAUAUUUUAAAAUAUUCAAUGGCUAAUUUAUUUGCUAUAAAUUAAAUUGUAGAUCAAUUAACUAAUUUCCCUUACAGAGAUCCAAUACGUAUUCCUUCAAUUAGAUUGGCAUUCGUAUAUGCUUGGAUAGUCAUAGCUGUUACUGCUUUUAAAUUUGGUUUGCUUGAAGAAGAGAAUCUAUUUUUUUUGAUUAUCUUACCAUUACCAGGAUUAGCUAUUGUUGGAGAAACCUUAUCAUCUUUAUUUUAAAAUCAUGCCAUAUUAAAUUAUAAUUCUAGCGUUUAGAUAGAAGAAAAACAUAUUAUUAUUGCAGUGGACUAAUUUUAUAAAUAUCAUAUUGAUUAUUUAAAAGUAUAUUUUCAAGUAAUUGAUUAAAGGAUCCGUAAGCAUAAUUGUAAUAUCUUCAGUUUUUAAUGAUUCAUCGUUUAUAUUGUAAAAAUAAUAAGUGUUAUUCCAAACUCAAACGUUUUGAAACAUUGGAUGUUGAUUAAAAAAAGGAUCUUAAUACUCUCACUUUGAGUAUUAUCAAAUGUAUAUUUAAGGCAGCCCAGAACUGGCUGUUUUCUAUGUACUCUUUAUAUUAAUAAAAUAGUCAUAAUUUAAAUACAGAUUUAUAAUUUGAGCAGUUGUAAUUAUAGUAUAUUAGUUUUGUUUCAGAAAUAGCACAAAAACCCCUUAUAGGAUAUAUAGAAUUAAGACAAUAUUAGAACAAUAAAUUGAAUAACAAUUCUACAUAUUUUAUUGAGAUUACUAACAAAUUGGCAGAUCAAUUAAAAAAAUAAAUAACAGAUAAUUAAGUUAGACAAAACUCAAAGGCUGUAUUAAUCCAUGAAUAAAGAACAUAACUUAUUGAAAUUUCAUUGACUUAACAAUGGUAAACUUAAAAUUUGUAUGAAAAUUUAUUAUAAACUUAUAUUAAUUUGGUAGAUUAAAAAAUAGAACAUUGGUAGAAUCUAAUAAAUGGAUAUCCAAGUUUGAAUCCAUUUUAAUAUAAUACCUAAAAAUUAUGUGAAAAAAUCAUGAAUGUAAUGUAUGGACAUAUGAUUAGCUUAGGAUUGCAUUGGAUAAGUAUAUAGGAGUACCUUAAGAAUGGUUUGAUUUAAAAACAACUACAACUAAAGGUAUUGCUAUUAAAAAAUUAAGUCAUGCUUAAUUAAAUAUCAAUGUUAUAACAUUAAAAUUAUAUUCAUUGUUUUAUUCUUUAGUAAUGAAUGAUUUUGAUAGAGUAAGAAUAUAUUCAAUAAUUAGACGGUUUAUGUUGAAUAGUAUGUGAAAGACUUAACUUCAAAUGAUAGAUAAAAAGAAAUUGAUAUAAUAGAUAAUAUAUCUAUUUAUAAUGAUUCUACUACUAUUAUUUUGGUCAGUAUUGUUAAGAAUAAAGGGAAGAUUGUUAAUAAAAAUCAAUUAGCAUUAGCAAAUUUUUUCCAUUAUAUUGAUGCUAAUGAUUUUAAAGAAUCAGUAUCUUAAGUACAUAAUUUAUUACCAAAAACAAUGAUAAAAGGUCAUGAAUAUUUAAUAGAUGCUUUCAUAUAGAAGGGUCAUAGUGAAUAUUUUAUUCGUAAGAUUUCUGGAUAUUAUGAAAAUAAAAAAGGAUUUAUUGAGAAAUGUUAUGUAAAAUUAGGUAAUUUGUUUGAGGAAUUAGAUGAUUAUGUUAUAACUGCAUCUAUUCUUAAAUGUAAUGUAUCUAAUUAGCUUAUUUUGGUUGAUGCUGAAGGAAAAAUAAUUGGAAUAAGUGAAGAAUUAUAUAAAACAAUCAGUGCAAAAGUUCCAAAUAUUAACAUUGAUUUUUUUAAAGAAUUCUGUCACUUAUUUCUUAUUUUUCCAUCAUUUUUGACUAUUUUGAACUAGAAUUUAAAUAAAAUUAAUGAAUUAGAUCAUUAAUUUAUAGAAGAUGAAGAACAUCUAUUUUAUAUACCUUCAAAUUUGGUUGAACUUAAUUCUUUGUUUGUUAGGGAAUCUUAUGAAAAAAUGGGAAAUACACUUUAAGAUGGUUUUGAAAGUUAAAAUUUGAGUUCUUGGAGAUCAUGGAAAUCUGUAUCUAAAUCUUUAAAAAGUGAACAUUCUUUUGGAUUUGAGAGAGGUAGUACUACAAUAUUAGGAGAGAAAGUACCUAUAGCAGAUAAAUCAAAUAUUAAUUUUCAUUAUUAAUUUAUGAAUUAACAUAAGGAUUUAUUGGAGAAGGUAUUAAUUUUAAUUUAUAUUUAAAGUAUUCAAUAAUCAGAACAAGAAUAAAAAUAUCUUAUUAGAUGAUGAAAGUAAAAAGAUAUUCUUAUCCAUAUUUUAUUAUAGAAUUAGAACAUAUGAAUGAGAUUACUUCUUAACAUAAAUUUUAUAACAAAUAUCCAACAAUGGGAUAAAACUUUGAAGCUUCUACAACUUUGUUUAAUUCUGCUUAAAAUCAUAAAUCUUUAAAUGAAACUGUUCCAUCUAGUGCAGAUAGAUCACUUUAAGAUACUAAACCAGUUAGUUUUUAACCAGAUAAAUUAGUAUUAGAAUCAUAAUAUAAUAAAUAAAUAAAUAAAUCAUCUAAAAUUAAUGAAGAUAAAAUUAAAUAAUUAAUUUAGUAAGAUGAUAGCAAUAUUUUAUUUGGAAAUGAUCAUUCAUAAAUUAGAUUAUUUGAUAAACCAAGUGCUAUUGAAGUUUAAGAUAUAUCAGCUCCACCAUCAGAAAUUAUUUUACCAAAAAAUGCAUAUAGACCUGAUUUUAGUGGAAUCCCUGUAUAAAAAGAUUAAGAUAAUGAUUCGGAUGAAUUCUUUGAAUUACAUAAAUAGUUUGAUGUAAUAAUCUAAAAUAAUUAUAAAGGAAAAAUCAAUUAAAGUUGAAGAAAAAGAAUUAUAAAAAGAAAAAUCAAGUGAUGAAUUUAAAGAUAAAGAUGAAUCACAAUAAGAGAUAGAAGAUAAUCUUGAAAAACAUUCCUCAAAUUAAAAUGGCAAUAAGAAAAACUUUAUUUAAUUAUUAAUGGAAAAUAAAAAAAUGCAAUAAGAGUAAGAUUGAAUUAUAAUAUCUAUUUAUAGGAAUUAAAAUGAUAAUGAUGAGGAGGAAAAGAAAAAAAGGUCAAUUGCAAGUUCAUCAAAGACAAGUACAUCUAAAUCACCUUCUUUACUUGUUCGCUCCUUGUAUUAAGUAAGUACUUUUGGAGGAGGUCUUAAAUCUGUUAUAUUUGCAAUUUUAGUGUAUCUUAUUUUACAAUUCUGUCUUGUAUUUGUUAAAUUAAGUAUUAUACAAAGUAAAAUUUAUUAAUUUAUUUAGAUAAUUAUGACAUAUUAUAAACUAAUAUUAAUUAUGUAACUUAUCCUGAAACUUUGAAUUUCUAUUUUUAAAAGAUAGCUUUUUUUGCUUGGAUUAGUUUAUAAGAAAGAUUAGAUAUAAUUAAAUAUAGUGAUUUCAUUAAAAAAUAACAAAUAGAAGAAUUGAUAGCCACUAGAGCAAUCAUAGACAUAAAAUUAAAUGAAUUAUAUAAAGGUAUUAUAUAAUUUGAAGAAUAAAUUAUGAACGAUGAACUUAAAUUAGUAAGUAUUAAUGAUUUAUCAUUUUCUGAAUAAUAACUUGAUCUUACUUAAUUAAUUUAAUAAAUUCAAUUACAUGCAUUUAAUUAUAUGGAUAAUGCUUAAGAUGGUGUCAUAUUUUCUGAUUGUAUGUUCUUUAGAUUAAAUAUUCCUUAUGUUUAUUAAUUUGCAUAUAAAUAUAUUACAUUACUUAAUGAAAACUUGGUUUAUUAUGAAGAUAGAAUCAUAAAUGAUGUAGUUGUAUUAACAAUGACUUUUAUUGCUGUCAAUAGUUGUAUCAUUUUAUAUAUAUUAUAUAAUACUUAUUUAUUGACUUAAUAUGAAAGAUAGAUAUUAAUGUUAAUAACAAGAGUAUCUCAUAAAACUGCUGAAGAUAUCAUGUAAAAAUUAACUGAUGUUAAAACAAUUUUAAUUGAACCUUCAUAAUUGUUAUGGAAAAGAGUUAAUUAUUUUGAAUUAAAUUAUGAAUAAGUAUAAUAAAAUCAAUAAGUAACAAGUCUUUUGUUUUCAAAAUCAGUUAAAACAUAAUCAGUUACAAAAUCAAAUGAAUUAUCUGUUUAAAAAUCAAAAUUAAGAACAAAAAGAUCAUAUUAAAGCAAUUCUUUGGCUUAAAGAAUUUAUGAUUUAACUUUAAGUUAUCCAUCAAAUCUUAUAUUCCUUUUUUUCCUUUGGUUUCUGGCUAUAUUAUUUAUUAUUGGAGGAAUUUUAGUAACUAUCAGUUAAGUAUCAGAUAUUAAACCUACACUUAAUCUUAAUUUAUAAUUGAUUCGAUUUAAACUUAGAUUUGACACCUUGAUAGUUUUAGGCGAAUGUUUAAAAACACAAUAAGUAAUUAGUGAUUAAUUUAAUACUAAAUUUGGUAAUGUUAAUAUUGAUAUGAAAAAUCAAUUAAUUUUAGAUCUAUUUAGUGAAUAAACUGAUGGAUUUUAAGAUUCUAUGAGAAGUAUUUAUGAUUCCCUUGCUAGUUAAUCUGGACUCUUAGAAGCCUAAAAAAAAGAAUUAUUGAUGUACUUUGAAGAUAGUUUAUGUAAUUACAUGAGUGAAGAAAUACCAUUUUGUACUAUUAGAGUAUCUAAUUAAAAUUUUUCUGUUCCUGAUACCUUCAAAACAACUUAUGGUAAUCCAUGGUUAGAAGAUAAUAAUUUUGAUUAUUUAUCUGGAGGUAUUACUGGUUGUGUCUAAGAGUUUACAAAGACAUUAAAUUUAUAUUUCUCUAAAGAGAUUUUAUUAAAAUAAUUUCAAGUUGCAACAACUUAAGAGGCAGUAUCUUUUUUAAAAACAUAAAUUCAUAUAAAUCAAUUUGUUGAAUAUUAUCUAGACUCUGGAAAAUUAUUGUCCAUCAUAGGAGACAAUUUAUUCGAAUAGAAUUAAUCAAAAUUAUAAUAAGCCACAACAAUCAUGCAAUUAUACAUUUAUAUAACAGGGCUAGGUUUGCUAAUUAUUUUAGGUUCUAUCUCAUAUUUUUGGGUAAAAUAUGUUAGUUCUAGAAUGAAAUUAAUGAGAUUAAGUUUGACACUCAUCCCAUAUGAAAUCCUAUUGGAACCAAAGACAAUGAGUUCUUUAAAAUAAUUAUGA